AUGACGCGAUCGUCGAGCUCAAGGAGUGGUGGUUCGCCCGAGAUGAUCGAGUAUGUCGGCGUCCCUAAGAAUGAGGUCGCCAAGUGGGUUGGUAUCACCUCGGCCGUGACAGCGACCUGUCAGGCCGUGAUGGCCGUGUCCUGGGGUACCGCGUCGGACUAUGCCGGUCGGAAGUAUAUCAUCCUGCUGGGGUUGACCUGCACGAUGAUCUUUUCGGUGAUGUUCGGAAUGUCGCAGACGUUGGCAAUGCUGGUAGUGUCGCGCGCGUUCCUGGGCCUGAUGAACGGAAACGUGGGGAUCAUCCGUACCAUGGUAGCCGAGAUGGUGCCCGAGAAGGAGCUCCAGCCGCGAGCCUUCAGUAUCAUGCCGCUGGUGUGGACCAUUGGCAGUAUCUUUGGUCCGGCCUUUGGGGGUGCGCUGGCCCGGCCUGUAGAGAAGCACCCCGAGCUCUUUGGGGACUCGGACUUCUUGAAGAAGUAUCCUUUUGUAUUGCCCAAUUUGGCGGCUGCGGCACUGUUCAUCGUGGGCAUUGUCAUUGGCUUUCUAUUCCUCCAUGAAACAUUGGCUUCUAGAAAGGACCGUCGCGACUGCGGGCUCGUGCUAGGAGAGAUGUUGACGCGCUCGUGCAUCUCCCGGCCCGAGAAGCGCCGUUACCAUGUUGAAGAUGACGAGUCGACCGCAUUGCUGGGCGACAGGAGAUCGCGACAGACGGGACAGAAAAGUCCUGGCAAGCGACCCAGCUGGAAGCAAAUCUUUGCGCCGCAGUCACGGCUGGUCCUGCUGGCAUAUGCCUUGAUGUCGAUGCACACGAUGGCGUUCGACUCCGUCCUCCCCGUGUUCUUACAUAGUCCGGUCCAGCGUCUGCACGACAACCCCGACGUGCGGUUGCCUUUCAAAUUCCUAGGCGGGUUCGGCGUGGACUCCCAAACGAUCGGAAUCUACUAUACCCUCAUCGGCAUCAUCGGCAUGCUGGUGCAAUUCAUUGUGUUCCCCACCGCGGCCAAGCGAUACGGCGUCCUCAACUGCCUGAAAGUGGUAGCCCUCAUCUUCCCCGUCCUGUACUUUUUAACCCCCUUCACGGCCCUCGUGCCUGAAUCACUCCGUCACGUCACCGUCUUCCUCCUCAUGCUCGGCAAGCUCUCGGCCUCGAUCUUCGGCUUCCCCUGCACCACCAUCCUGCUCACCAACUCGGCCUCUAGCCUCAGCGUCCUGGGCACUCUGAACGGCGUCGGCACCAGCGUCAGCGCUAUCGGUCGCGCCGUGGGACCCGCCGUCGUCGGCGCAGCGUUCUCCUUCGGCGUGAAGCGCGGAACGAUUAUCAUUCCCUGGUGGAUUCUGGGCGUGUUUGGAACUCUCAGCGCGGUUCCGGUGUUCUGGGUCGUCGAGUCGGAGGGAUUCCAGAAUUCGGCGGACGACGACGAAUCGGAGCCGGAUGCGCCGCUCGGUGGAGGUGGAUAUGGCGCGACGGAGACUGAGACAGAGCCUCAGACUGAGACUGGUCGACGACAGUGA